AUGUUGCUUUUAUACUUAAAAAAUAUUUUUGUUUGUAAAAAUCUGCUGAAGGGGACAGCAGAAGAAAAAAACUGGGUCAAUAGGCGGGCAGCUGAGCUCUUUCGCAGCGACAAAGAGUUGCUGCUCAAAGAAAUUCGUAAAUGCGUUAAACAAUCCCAAGAAAGCAGUUUGCUGCCGGUGCAGCAGCAGCAGGCUCUUGCUGCUGCUGCUCCUGCUGACGAACGGGAGCCCCCAGCAGUUCCUGCUGCUGCUGCUGCUGCUGCUGCUGCUCCUGCUGCUGCUGCAGCAGCAGCAGCAGAAGCAGGAGGAGGAGAAACAUCUGCUGCUGCUGCUGCUGCUGCUUCAUCUGACGACGCAGAGAGUGAUGAAGUUGCAGCAGCAGCAAACCCCGCAGCAGCAGCAGCAGGAUGA